CACAAAUUUGGGCAAAAAGUACUCAUUAUACACGGCAAAAUACAGUAAUGGUGGCUUAGAUUGGAGAGGUGGCAGAGGGAACAGAGAGAAAUACACAGAAUGAUGGAGGUGGGGUCAAACCCCGUCUUGAGGGAGAGCUUAAGAAUGACAUGCCGGCUUCUGGCCUGAUGAGUUGGUUGGACAGUGUUGUUAUUUACUGAGUUGAGAAAUUUUUAUAUUGGGAUAUGCUAGGGCUUCCAUUUUAUGUGUCUUGAGCUUUAGUAGCCUGGGUUAUCCAAGUGACAUAGCUCAGUCCAAGUUCUUGACAUCUGGUAGACAUGAAUUAUUGUAGUCAGAGUUUACGUCUUUUGGGGAGGUCAUAGGAGUAGCUUAGUCAUGACUUUGAAUGGAGGACAUUUAUCUGAGAAUCAGCACUUGCCCAGUAGUACUUUCUGUGAUGGUGGAAAAUGUUCUGUAUGUGUUGUCCAAUACAGCAAGCAGCCACUAGCUGCAUGUGGCUAUUUAAAUUUUAGUUAAUUAAUUAAAAUGUAAAAUUCAAGUCCUCAGUCAUUCUAGGAAAUAUUUGCCCUUUAAAAGUAUUUAUUAGUACUUUGGCAAGACAGGGUUCACCAUGUUUCUUUCAUAAGGUGUUUUACUGUGUAACUAAUUUAUUUUGUACCUAAUUUAAUUGCUUACUAUUGCCUCUCAGUAAUUUUUUUUUCUUCUUUCUAGCUAUUAGGGAAUUUUCUUCAAUGGUACGGCAUUUUCUCGAAUAAAACUCUUCAGGAGUUAUCAAUAGAUGGUUUAUUAAAUAGAUACAUUCUCAUGGCUUUUCAGAAUUCAGAAUAUGGAGAUGACAGCAUCAAAAAAGUCCAAAAUGUAAUUAAUUGUUUCCCCAAGCAGUGGUUCAUGAAUCUGAAGGGAGAAAGAACUAUUUCUCAGUUAGAAAACUUUUGUCGAUACCUUGUACACUUAGCAGAUACAAUUUACAGAAACAGCAUAGGAUGCUCUGAUGUGGAAAAAAGAAAUGCAAGGGAAAACAUAAAACAGAUAAUAAAACUCCUUGCAAGUAUUCGAGCUCUGGAUCAUGCUACGUCUGUUGCAAGUGACCAUAAUGUGAAAGAAUUUAAGUCUUUGAUUGAAGGAAAAUAGAUCUGUGAGACUGAAAAGCCUAUUUGCUUUAAUACCAUUCCCGGUGUAUAAAUUUUGUAUAUAUGUAAAGUUUCUUAAACUGUAAAAUACUGAUUCUUGUUUUAAUACAAAGAACAUUAUUAAUAUUCAAUACUGUGUCCUUAAAUGCGAUUUCUUCGAAAUGAAAGGAAUUCAGACUAUUUCUAGGAAGUUUAUGAAUGUUUUCCUUACUGCCUGUCAUACUUUGUUUACAGAAGUAUUUUAUAUGGUUAUUCAAAUUAACCCUCUCAGCUAAUUGUUCUCUGUAAAUGAUGUGUGCAGUGUAAAUUGUGUAAUUAUGCAUAUAUAUAUUUAUACCACCAUGGAGUUACUUUCACACUGGAAAUUUGUGGUGUUUUUCUACAGAGUAAGCCUUUUAACAGCAGAAAAUUAUUCAGUAGCAAAUUGUCUUAGGGAAAUUACUACACUGUUGCAACAAAAGGGCUGGCAAGUGACUAAGUGUUCAUCACCUUUCGGUUAGCAGUUGCUUAUCACUAGCUGAGCUGCCUUAAAACUGAGAGUUGAGUGUGGACUUAAUCAUUGGGUGAAUGGUGAACUUUCUUCCUUGAUUGAAUCAGCAUUACAGUCAAAUGUGGGUUUAAUGUGAACUCAAUAAUAUAUGCAACAUCGGUUUUUGAACAGAACCUAGAAGUUUAAUUUUUGGAAAUAAUAGACCCACAACCUAACUGCAUGGUUUUGGGCCGACUGUCCUGUCUCAUUCAUGGUUUUACUCCCUGACCAGCUUACACAUACAUGCAUUUGAAUUUUAGUAGUCUGUCAUUAUAUUUAAAAUCCCACAUAUGUGAGUUAUAUAUGCAAUAAAGAAUACGCCUUGCUAAUUAGCCACACCCAGGCAGUUUAAUACCCAUGGUCUUCUAUAAUGUUCAUACCACGUUGUAAAUAUUCAGAGAACUUGUUUUAAAGUUUAUGCUUUCUGAUUCUGUGAUUUUCAAGAGGAACUUUUUGGAAAUUAAGGACUAUUGUUUGAUAAUUAUAUAUGUAAUUAAGCUUUAGCCAAGCAUUAAAUUAAUUUUUAAUUAUACACUUUGUUGUAUUUUGCUGGCGAAAUUAGAGCAUUUAAAAUGA